AUGGCAGACGGGAGAUGGACCAAAAGACUUAUAGAGUGGAGACCAAGAGCCCACAAGCGUAGCCAAGGCAGACCUCCCACCCGAUGGACCGACGACCUGAAACGAAUAACAACUAACUGGAUUGCAACAGCUAAAAACCGCGAGAACUGGGACGUUUGGGGGAGGCCUAUGUUCAACUAUGGACGGAACAAAGGCUCCAGUGACAGCAGAAGAAUGGUAGAUAUUACCAGAGAUAAACCUAUUAAGGUCGCCGUCAGAGUGGCUGUUCCUGUAAGGGAUCAUCCAAAGUUUAAUUUUGUCGGGAAACUGCUGGGCCCCAAAGGAAAUUCAUUAAAACGUCUACAAGAGGACACCAUGUGCAAGAUGGCGGUAUUGGGCCGGGGAUCCAUGAGAGACAGACAUAAGGAAGAGGAACUACGCGCCAGCGGAGAUCCCAAAUUCCAGCAUUUAAGCGAAGAACUGCACGUGGAAAUAAGCGCUUUUGCCACACCUGCCGAAGCGCACGCCAGAAUUGCCUACGCGCUGGCAGAAGUGAGAAGAUUUUUGGUGCCGGAUUAUAAUGACGACAUUCGCCAGGAACAAAUGUGGGAGAUGCAAGUAUUGUCCAGCCAAAAAAAUAAGGGCGACGACACAAAACAGUUUGGAUCCGGAGACGAGGAGAGAAUCACUAUCGAUACAGGAGGUGAAUCCGGGUCCCAAAGUCCACAAGAUCACGAACACCCUGCUAUGAGAGGAGUCCCAACAGGUACGCCAGCAUCCGAACAACUCGGCAUCCUCUCCACCAACGGCUCCAACCAGAUGUCGUCGCCCAGUUUGAACGGCUCCGACGAGAUGAUUCCCCAGAGCCUGAUGGUGGCCUCUGCCGCUGGCCGCAAGAGGCCGCUGCUGACCGCGGGCCCCAGGACGGCCAUGACGCCCACCAAGCGGACGGUCAUGAGCCUGCUGGCCAAGGCCAGGGCGGCGCAGGCCAAGCAGCUGGCCAGUCCGUUCGCCGGAACGACGACAGAGCGCCCGCCCACGCUGGUUCCGCUUCUACGUGAAGAUUACAUGGCUGGCGGAGUCAACCUCAACCUGAUUUAA